AUGGAGAAAGUCGAGGAGAAAGUUGAAGCCCUCGUGGACCGUGCUCGGCAUUUGACACUGCAUCAGUCACCUAAAGAGGAACACACUGUUGAGAAGUUUCACUCGACUGUCGACGAUCAUAUUCAGAAGAUAUACAAGGCGCUUCAGAAGGAUGCGCCGACAACUCGUUAUUUCCUGACGGAGAUUCAACAUGAUACUUCUGCACCAGUUUCUACAGAGGCAGUCUCUGACGCGUUGGCCUCUGUUGACGCUUUCCGGGAAUACAUGAAGAAUGAGAUUUCUUGUGCGAUGGCACCCGAAGAGGCAUUGGAUAUCUCCGCUCCUCUGUCGGAUUACUUUAUCUCUUCUAGUCACAACACGUACUUGACUGGUAAUCAGCUGUACAGUGAUGCCGCUGCUAGUGCUUAUACAUCCGUUCUACUACGUGGCUGUAGAUCCGUUGAGAUCGAUGUCUGGGACGGAGAGCUCUCAACGCCAGACUCGAGCGAUGACGAGAUGAGCAGCGACAGCAGCAGCGACUCCGAAGACCAAGGCCAAUCCUUGGGAAGCAAGCUGCGCGAAAAGGUCAGCUCAAAGUCUGAAAAUCAAGGGAAGUCCACCAAAGAACCCAAGCAGUCAAUGUCCUCCAAGUUGGAAUCAAAAUUGAAUGGAGUGCUUCGCCGCAAGUCUGUCAAGUCACCGCCGAGAGAGGUGAGCGAGGAGACUGGUACAAGUCAGCUUCCGAUUCGAGGCGAGCCUCGCGUGCUACAUGGCCACACUCUCACAAAGGGAGCGACCUUCCGUGAAAUCUGCUAUGCUAUCCGCGAUAGUGCUUUCGUUGCUAGUGACCUUCCUGUGGUUAUCAGUCUUGAAGUGCAUGCGUGUCUGGAACAGCAGCAAAUGAUGGUGGAUAUAAUGCAGGAGGCAUGGAAGGGAAUGCUCAUUGAAGCCCUCCAGGCCGAUGAGAAACUGCCAUCGCUUGCGGAUUUGAGAGGGAAGAUCUUGAUCAAGACCAAGGGGAUACCGCUUAGUGGUGACAAGCCGGGGAAUGAAUCAGAAGAGAGCCUCACUCCGCAACAGUCGACCGAUACGUCUGCGUCGCCCCAGCCGAAGCCACCGAAGCCGUCAAAGAUAUUUGAAGGUCUUGCUCAGAUGGCUGUAUACACUCGCGCGUAUCAUUUCAGCCAUUUCGACCAACCCGAGGCCAAGGUGCCAGUUCAUGUAUUCUCCUUGUCGGAAAAGGCAGCCCGCGAAGCCCACGUCACCCAUCGCGAUGCUCUGUUCGAACACAACCGAGCAGCGAUGAUGCGAAUCUAUCCUUACGCGUUCCGAGUCAACUCAUCGAACCUCGACCCAACAUUCUACUGGCGACGGGGCGCCCAGCUUGUGGCACUAAACUGGCAGAAUCUCGACAAGGGCAUGAUGCUCAAUCAUGGCAUGUUCGUGGGAACCCAUGGGUGGAAACUGAAGCCGUCGGGCUACAGAAGUAGCCAAGCAUCAACCAAUGUAAUCCCCCGCCGCAAAGUCAUCCUCACAAUCGAGGUGUACGCCGCACAAGACCUCUCUCUGCCUCCGGGUGAAAGCAGCGAAAAGGGAUUCAACCCCUAUGUGAACUGCCAGCUCCACGUGGAAGAACCAGAAGGCGAAUUCGCCCCAGAUGCAGACGACGCCAGCUCCGAUACAGAGAAGACCAGCUAUAAGCGCUGCACGAAGAGUUCUUCAGGGAUCAACCCAGACUUCCAAGGCCAGAAAUUGGACUUCCCGACCGUGACGGGAAUAGUCGAGGAAUUGAGCUUCCUACGGUUCAAGAUCAAGGAUGAUGAGAUCGGUCGGGAUGCGUUGGCUGCUUGGGCUUGCAUCCGGCUUGACCGGUUGCGGGAGGGGUAUCGGCUUGUCCAUCUUCAUGAUUGCUCGGGCGAGAAGAAGGGGGGUGUGUUGUUGGUCAAGAUCUCCAAGGUUGUUUCUUAG